AGAGAAAAUCGUCGCUUAGUUAACGUCGCCCCAAAAAACACCUCGAACAGACCGCAAAACAAAAAGUCAAUCAAUUAACGAAACCAUCAUCAGCAAAAGGCUUAACUAGUGCUUGUGUUAUUGUAAAUAAAUUUGUCAGCGGUACCAGCAACAAUAACAACAACAGCAACGACAAAAAGAGUGGCAGCAGCAAACAUUUUCUGGAUUCAAGAAGCUAGAAAAUUUAGUACGUCGUAUCAGUUUUGGCCAGAUCACGGACACAGAUACAGCGGACAGACAGCAACAGCGGCCGAAUACAGAUAAAAUAUAUUCAAAAAUUUUUAGAAACUUUUCAAGCACCAGCAACUACAACAACAAAUUCCGGCUUAGUGCAAUACGAAAAUGGCCCAACCACAAUUGCUGCAAAUCAAAUUGUCACGUUUCGAUGCCCAGCCCUGGGGAUUUCGCCUGCAGGGCGGUGUGGACUUUGCCCAGCCUCUGUUAGUGCAAAAGGUCAAUGCGGGCAGCCUUUCCGAGCAGGCUGGCAUGCAGCCCGGCGAUGCGGUCAUCAAGAUCAACGACGUUGAUGUCUUCAGUUUGCGCCACAAGGAUGCCCAGGACAUUGUGGUGCGCUCCGGCAAUAACUUUGUCGUCACAGUGCAACGUGGCGGCUCUACCUGGCGUCCACAUGUGACGCCAACUGGCAACCUGCCCCAGGCCAACUCACCUUAUUUGCAGACAGUGACGAAAACUUCUCUGGCUCACCAGCAACAGGAUAGCCAGCACAUUGGCUGUGGCUACAACAACUCGGCUCGUCCAUUUGCCAACGGCGGCGGCGAUGGCGGCGUGAAGAGCAUCGUCAAUAAACAAUACAACACCCCGGUUGGCAUUUACAGCGAUGAAUCUAUUGCGGAAACACUCUCCGCCCAGGCGGAGGUUUUGGCUGGCGGUGUUCUCGGCGUUAACUUCAAGAAGAACGAGAAGGAAUACCAGGGCGAUCGCUCUGAAGUGCUGAAGUUCCUGCGCGAGGAGGAGACUGGACAGUCGACCCCAGAGCCGCACAGUCCGGCCAACUUCUAUUGGACGCAGAGCCAUGCGAUUGGCGGCAACGAGCGACGCACGCCUCUGCCCCACAACCAAUUUCAGUCGCCGACGCAGUUGCAGACAGGUGGCCAGGAUGAGCGCAUCGGCAUCAAUUUGCAGCAAAAUACAUUGGCGCCGGCGGCCACUCACAGGCCCAGCCUGCCAGUUGCAAAGCAGCAGACGCAGCAGCAGCAGUCCCAGCAACAGCAGCAGCAACAGCAGCCGGCUCAAGCUGAUCCGCGCAACAUUGUUAUGCCCAUAUGCCCAGCGCUGCAGGGUCCCAACUACAAGGCGGAUAUGGAUGCGGCUACAGUGGCAUUGUCCAACGAUGCUGGUGGUGUGCGGCCUUUGUCCGCCAGCGGACAUCCGACAUGUCAAUUGUGCGGCGUGGGCAUUGUCGGUGUCUUUGUGCGCAUCAAGGACAAGAACCUGCACGUCGAGUGCUUCAAGUGCGCCACUUGUGGCACCUCUCUGAAGAACCAGGGCUACUACAACUUCAACAAUAAGCUCUACUGCGACAUCCAUGCCAAGCAGGCUGCCCAGCAGCAUCCACCAGCUGGCACCGAAGGCUAUGUGCCAGUGCCCAUUCAGCCGAACACCAAGCUGAGUGCCAGCACAAUUUCAUCGGCCUUGAGCUCGCAUGGAUACAGCACCAAUGGCUACAAUGGCAACUCCGCUCCGGCACCGGCAACAACAGCAACAACAGCAACUGCUGCAGAUAACAGUGCCCCAAAUCAGACACAGUCUGAAAUAAUGUCAGCCAACGUGGCCGACGAGCAGUCAUCAUCAGCCAUUUACGGUCAAAUCAACACCAGCAACUAUAACACCAAUAACAUCUAUACCAACAACAAUAACAGCGAUGCUGCUGCGAGCACAGUUCCGUUAAUGCAGACAUCAUCGGCGCCUGGCUCCGAUCAGCCACCGUUUGAGUAUGUCACCUUGACCGGAAAUGUGAUACGCAGCGUGCAGCCGUCUGGUAAGGGUGCCGGUGCCAACUAUCGGGUCAACCAGGGCUACGCUCGUCCCUACGGCGCCUCUCAGCCGCCAGCAGCAGCGCCCAAGUCACCGGUGUCGGUCUCGUAUCCACCACAGCAGCAGCAGCAGCAGCAGCAAUCACCACGCCCCGCUGGCAAUCCGUACGCAACUUUGCCACGCACCAAUGUUGGUCAACAAGCCGCGGAGGAGGAAGGCUUGCAACCGCAGUUUGCCGAGGAAUGCUGUUGCGAGGUGGACGUCGAGGUCGCCUUAGCUGCAAGUCGACGUUCGCACGGUACGAGUUUCUCGUGGCCGCCGCCACAGGAUGAGGGCCAUGCGGCACCCACAGCCGCCCCACUUUACAUAGCACCACCUGAGACUCAGCAUAUGGUGGUGGCAAAUCCAGUGCAGGAGGUGCCUCCCUUACCGCCGGGCAGUGCCACCUCACGGCUCGAUCCACAGCCGCAAGCACAGCAGGCGCCUCAACAGCAGCCACUGCAGUGGCAGAGCUACUCGGCGCCACAGCUGACCAAUCAGCCAAUUAGGGAGCAGCAGCAGCAGCAGCAAAUGGAGCAGGAGUCGAGCUCGGACAGCUACACGUCCACGUCGACAACGACGACGACCACCUCUGAGGAGUAUCAGCGCAUGUAUGCCGCCCAGCUUCAGGCCUAUCAGAUGCAGCAGGCCUACGAGCAGUCCGGCUCCGAGUUGGACUACCAGGUGGACUAUGGCAGUGGCCAGGACAUGCAUGAGAUACCUUCCGGUAGACGAAGUGCAAUGGAAUGCGUGGACACGCUAUCAGCGCCACUAAGCACAUACAAACUCAUCGAUAUGGUAAGGGAGGUGACACCUAGUCCCAUUCCGAACGCAGAGCCGGGGGCAGCGCCUGCCGCUCGCCACGUGGCGUUCAACGAUGAGCCCGAGAUCAAGGAGCUGCCCCAGCUGCACACAGAGCUCGAAACGAUACCUGAGUCAGCCGUUGAGGGCGAGCAGCCUGUGGCAGCCUGGGCAGACACUGAUCCGGUAGACGAUCGUGAGGGUCUCAUCAUCGAGCAGCGUUGCCAGAUACUUGAAAGCGAACGCAUGUUUCAGCCAACGCCGGAGAUCAGCUUUGAGAUAGCGCCAGUGCGUCCGCGUCCAGCGCCCUCCAAGAUACCCAAUCCCUCGCCCAAGGAGUGGAUCAAUCCCAUGGUUCGGGUCCUUACCACAGCCCCAGAUGUGCCCUUCCAUCUGGUCGAGUGUCCGUUUCCCAAGCCCUGCGGCGAUGACUUUGAGGAGUCAGCAGCUGCAGCUGCCGAGGCGGUAGCAAUCGCGCCUCCAGCCCCAGCUUCCGAUCCAACUCCAGCUCCUGCUCCUACUUCAGCUCGUGCUCCAUCUAUUGUUGCCGCUACAAUGGACAAUUACGCCUCUGAGCUCCUCCGCGAGUCUCCGCCCAGGAGCACAAGGUUCAGUCAGGCAAUGGCAACUGCACCCGAGUUUGAGAUGCGCUUUGCACCACCGGGUGCGGAGGAUAUACCACUGCCCGAAGAGACCGUACCCUAUUUACCACCGCCCAUGGACAUGAAGCCCUAUUUGCGCGAAGAUUACCGUGCCAAGAGUCCGUUUGUGAGCGCCCUAACCACCGCACCCGAGCGUCCGUUCGAGGGUCACUUCGAUAAGGACGUACCCAUCCAUGGGUUAGACCUGCCCACACCCAAAGAACACCUGAGCAUGUGCGAUGCGCUGUCAACGGCACCCGAACGCGGCUACACCCCACUGAAUCCCGAGAAUGCCACCCAACGCGUCGACGCGGAGCAGAAACAGAAGGAAUUGAAAAAGUAUGAAUUUCAGGUGCUAGAUCGCGAAGAGGAGCUGGGCAUCAAACCGCAACCACCGGAAACUGUGCAAUACUACACAACACAGACACAGCAGCAGCAGCAGCGCAAGUCCUCAGCAUUUGCGGCAAUGCAAGCAUUCCAGCCGUCUUGUGAGCCACUUUCCUCCUCCACCAAUAGCUCGAACACAGUCACGAACUCGCCACGUGCCUCCAUCUCGUCUCAGUCUAGAGAGCAGACCGAUCUUGAGUAUCAGAAGUUCUGCAAGGCGCAGCAGCGCAAUCAAAAGCGACUCGAUUUCUUUCACAAAAAGGAAGAGGAGUUACAGACCCAACAAGAAACCCAAAACCAGACCCAGCUGACCCAACAGCAACAACAGCAACACUUAGAGACUAACUCAAAUUCGCUAGUUACCGCUUCCAAUGCGACUGCAUCCUCUGACUCCUCUUCCACAGUCCAACAGUCCACCACCAUCAAUAGCACCACCACCAAUUCCAACUCAGCUUACGUCGCCCAGGCCAGCAGCCGAUCCUCCUUUUCAGCCACCACCGCCACCAACCAGACAGCUGUACAUACCGCUUGUAAAAUCGAGGCUCACAACCUAAUCGAGGAAAUUGCCGAGGAGCUCGAACACUCUGAGGUCCUAUACCCACCGCCGUCUCCGCUCAGCCAUCUCAAGGGCAAAGCCGUACAGUCCGGUCUGCACCGGCCCGAAACCAUACCAAAGUACCAGCGCAAUUGGACAGUGCUGCCAACCCAGAGUCCCAUACGCACUCCGGAACCACAAGAGCUUCGCGAGAAUGUCCCGCUUGCUUUCGUUGAUGCUCCCAAGACCAAUGCGGGUGUCGAGACCGUACACAGACCCAUAGCUCAGGAUUGUCGGGGUAUUUCCACGGGAGUGGCUCCAGCGGCUGCCCGUGACUCGAUUGCGUCUGUAGCCAAGCCAGCGGUGCAGCCGUCGGUGCCCAUUAUAGUUGAAGAUCGGUCGGGUCCAGUAACGAUGGCUUUUCAAUCACUAGAUGAAUACGAUCAUGCCGAUCAGUCGCAGACGCCCACAAGGCCCUACACGCCCUCCUCCUUCACGAUGAUCAACAAGCCGGCACCGAUCAUACCCUUCUACCAGACACCGGAGAAGCUCCUCUUUGACGAAUGUCCAGCUACGCAUGCCCGCGAUUACGAGCACCUAGCUGCCUCACCCUUUCCAGAUCGGGCCCGCUCUCCGGCCCCAGGACCUCCACCCAAUCCACUCUCGGCCAUCAGGGCGCCACGCAUGAAGGAGCCGGAGUCGGCACUUCUCCCAGUUGGCGGGCAGCCACGAUUGCAGGCGGGCUCUAUUACCACGGGCCAGAGCUAUCAGGGCCAGUUGCUGGCACACUCGGAGCUCAGCUCGCAGUCGGGAAGUCAGAGCUACACACAGCAACCAGAGACGCUCACCGAGCGCAAGAUCGGCAAUCUCAGUGUGCAACAGAGAGAGCAAUCAUCGCAGCUGCAACAGCAGCAACAGUCCCAGAUGCAGAGCCAGACCAAGACACAGGUUGGCAACACACAGAUCGAACGCAGGCGCAAAGUGACCGAAGAAUACGAGCACACCCAGAGUGCCAAGACCAUCGAGAUUCGCACGGGCUCUCAAUCCCAGUUGCAGUUGCAGUCGAAGUCGCAGUCACAGUCGCAGUCCCAAUCUCAAUCGAAAUCCCAAUCGCAAUCCCAAUCGCAGUCUCAGUCUCAGCUAAAACAAUCGGAGUCAACAGAGCGCCGUCAAUCGUAUGGUCGCACUGGUUUUGUGGCCAAUCAGACGCGUCGUUUAUCUGGCCUGGAGCAGGAGGUCAGCAAUCUGACCACUCAAUCGCAGGCCAUCAGCGCCAGGGCGUCCACAUUGGGGGAGAGCAACUUUCCCCAGCUGCGCUCGCCCACCUUUGAGAGCAAGUUCCCACUCAACCCGCCGAUAGCUGAUGCAGUCGCACCAAUCUCAACAGCAGCAUCUACAUUGCCGUCCGCUGCCAAUAAGCUGCUAGGUCCUCCACCCGGAUUCUUGCAGCAGCAGCAGCAGCAGCAGCAGCAACAACAACAGUUGCAGCAGAGGUCUGCCUUCCAGUCAACGUCAUCGGUGGUGUCCGCAUCUCAGCAACAGCUGCGCUCUCAUGCCACCACCUCAUCGCUAACAUCAGCAUCUGCAAUUACAUCUACAUCUAGUGCAUCAUCUGCAUCAGCAUCAGCAUCAAGGUCGGCGCAAGCCAGUUUAACCAAAGCUUCUGCUAUUACUACCACGACUAAUAAUCAGGCCUGCAACGCAUAUAGGGGCACAGGAGCUAUUGGCAGCUCCAAGGCCAACAAUAACAUUACAGCUGCGCUGGCCAAUCUGCCAAUUAAUAAUGGCCAGCGGCCAAAUGCUUCAAUCGCAGCUCCAACGGCGGCUAAGCCAACCGCUGCCGCUGCUACAACGCCGACUGCGUCCGCGCCAGCCUCUUUUCCGCCAAAUUUAAGUGACUUAGACUCAAAUGUUGAUGGUUCCACAGGUGCUGGAGGCAAGGGCGGCGCAUUUGGUGCCACAUCGGCUCCGAAACGUGGACGCGGCAUUCUCAACAAGGCCGCCGCACCCGGUGUCCGCAUCCCAUUGUGCAACAGCUGCAAUGUGCAGAUCAGAGGACCAUUCAUUACCGCUUUGGGUCGCAUCUGGUGUCCGGAUCACUUCAUUUGCGUGAACGGCAACUGCCGUCGUCCACUGCAGGACAUUGGUUUCGUUGAGGAGAAGGGCGAUCUGUACUGCGAGUACUGUUUCGAAAAGUAUCUGGCACCCACAUGCAGCAAGUGCGCCGGCAAGAUCAAGGGCGAUUGCUUGAACGCCAUUGGCAAGCACUUCCAUCCCGAGUGCUUCACGUGCGGCCAGUGUGGCAAGAUCUUUGGCAACACGCCCUUCUUCCUUGAAGACGGCAAUGCGUAUUGCGAGGCCGAUUGGAAUGAGCUCUUCACCACCAAGUGCUUCGCUUGCGGCUUCCCCGUCGAAGCCGGCGAUAGAUGGGUGGAGGCACUUAACCACAACUAUCAUAGCCAAUGCUUUAACUGCACUUUCUGCAAACAAAACCUGGAGGGUCAGAGCUUCUACAACAAGGGCGGUCGUCCCUUCUGCAAGAAUCAUGCGCGCUAAGGCCGCUAAAAGAUCAUAUCAGAUCUAACAUGGCUCGACUAUGGACUUCAGGGAACACGCACACUAAUAUGUAACACCAACAACAACAGCAACACCGAUAACAACCAACAACAAAUCAACAAAAAACAAUCAAACAAAGAGAUAUAGCGCUAAACAGUUGUCAACACUGAGUAGAUCGCAUAGCUUAUUAUUGCAAUUAUCAAAGUAAAUCAAACCUAAUUAUUACACAUACUUAAUUUCAUUUUUAUUCGUUUUAAUUUUAUUUUAUUUUUUUUUUUAAUAUUUGAAUUGUGCAACCAACUGUUAUCCUAAUUUUAAAUAAAUGAAUGAAUAGAAAGAGAAAGGGAAAAAGAAAAAGAAAAACACUCGGAAACAAGCAAGAAUGAAAAACUGUAAACGACACGAAAUCGAAUUAGAAAACACACAAGCACAAAGCACAAUCAGAACUAUAUAGUAUGUAUAUCUAUCUGUCUACCCAUUUAUGAUUAUAUUAUUUAUUCAUCAUGUCAUAAUCGAAUUAUUAAUUAUUUACGAGAAUUACACCCCCAAUUACACCUAUUAUGUAUAUGUAUGUAUUUCACAAAAGUUAUUUAGUUCAAGUUUGAAAACGAUACGGUUGACCAACCAACAAACUAACAAACAAACCGCGCGAAAGGAUUUCAAAUCGUAUCCGACAUCAACCGAAAUCGCAACAAAUCGGAAGGAACGCAACGCUGGUUGUCAGCAGUAAAAUUCAUGAAAAUAAAUUUAUCAAAUUCGUUGUGACCGUAAAUUAUUAAGCAACAAAUUAAAUUUAAACGCUACUUUCAUUUAUGUUGUAUACCGAAUCGAGAAAUAUCUAAAAUUGAUUGUUCAUUAUAGCAAAUCAGAUCAAUAAAUUUCGAAAUCUUUUUCGCGUUUAA